GGCCAUCGGGCGUAUUAUUUAUAUUUGUUUUGUUUUUGGCGAUUCUGAUGAACUUCCGAAGUCUGAACAAAACAAAUUAAAAAUUACAGUUUUGCUUAGUUACCUACCUAAGAUUUAAGAAUAUGUAGUGUAAUCCAAAACAUUUGUGAUAUGGUGAACGUUCACUACCAAAAAUUUGAAAUAUAAAAGUUGUAAUCGCAUAAACUAAGUAAGAGUAAAGCCUUUAAAAAUAUUCAAAAAUGUCGAAACAAAAUCUUUUAUUUCACCCAAUUAUUAGUUCAAUUCAACGAAUUGCUCUAUAUGAAACCAAAGCAAGAUUCUAUCUAAUAGGAUCAAAUAACACACAGACAAGGUUUCGUGUGCUUAAAAUAGAUAGAACAGAUUCCAAAGAACUGAUACUAGUUGAUGACAAAGUGGAGUACAAUAAGCAGGAAAUACAUCAGCUAUUGAACAUGAUUGGAUUUGGCAACAGAAGCGGCCGAUCGCCUGGUUUUAAUAAGCUUGUGUCUGCCUUUGGAAUUGUUGGGUUCAUAAGAUUUUUAGAAGGUUACUACAUUAUACUAGUGACAAAGAGGCGUAAGAUUGCUGUGAUCGGGUCACACUCCAUUUACAAAAUAGAAGAUACAGCGAUGAUCUACAUUCCCAAUGACACUAGUAAACCCCUGCAUCCAGACGAACAGAGAUACGUGAAAAUGUUCCUUGCCAUUGAUCUGUCAACCAACUUUUAUUAUAGCUACAGUUAUGACAUCACUCAUACUUUACAAAUGAAUAUGGCGCCACCAAGGAAGUUGGCGCCAGCAUUGUUUCCUAAGCCAGUUACAGCCGCUGUGUACCAUUCGAGUUUGAGGUCAGAUAAAGAAGAUUGUGUUUGUAAACGCACACAAGACGAUGAGGAUAUAUUUGAGACAUGGAAAAUACAGUUGCAAGAAAGGCAUAACAAAACUGGAGAACAAGGCCCAAAACUAGAAUUUGGAGUGCGAAGUGUGCCAGAAUGGAGAUUUGUAUGGAACAGUCAUUUAUUAUCUGUGGUCCACUCACAGCUGCAUCCAGACUGGAUCCUUUACAUCAUACAUGGGUUCAUAGAGCAGAGCAAUUUGAAUAUCUUUGGAAGGCCCAUAUAUUUGACCCUCAUAGCUCGAAGAAGCAAUAGGUACGCUGGCACUAGAUUCUUGAAGAGAGGAGCCAACAUGCACGGCGAUGUCGCAAAUGAAGUGGAAACUGAACAAAUCGUUCACGACGCAAUGAUAUCUUCUUUUUCUGCCGGCAGAUUCAGUUCAUUUGUUCAAAUGCGUGGAUCGAUACCUAGCUUUUGGUCACAGGAUAUAUCGAAAAUGGUGCCGAAACCAGCCAUCAUGAUAGACCGUAGCGACCCGUUCGCCGAAAUACCCGCCAAACACUUUAACAACCUCAUGAGAAGAUACGGAGCUCCGAUUAUGAUAUUAAAUUUAGUGAAGAAAAGGGAGAAGAAGAAACACGAAUCACUUUUGACAGAAGUGAUAAGUAACGCGGUAAAAUACCUCAAUCAAUUUCUGCCGCCCGAAAACGCUAUCCAGUAUUUCCAUUUGGAUAUGGCGAGGAUGAAUAAAGGCGCUGAUGCCAAAGUUCUUGAUAAACUAACAGCUAUAGCCCGGACAGUCGUCCGUCGCACGGGAAUAUUUCUAAGCGGUAAGGGUUACGGGGAACCAAUGGGUGUGGAAGGGCACCAGAGUGGGCGCCUGCAGACCGGCCUCGUGCGCGUCAACUGUGUGGACUGCCUCGACAGAACCAAUACAGCGCAAUUCGCCAUCGGCAAGUGUGUUUUAGCGCAUCAGCUGUUUGCCUUAGGUUUAAUCGAAGAGCCAGUGAUUGAGUUUGACUCAGAUUGCGUAAGACUUCUGGAAGGUUUAUACGAAGACCAUGGAGAUACCCUCGCGUUGCAAUACGGUGGAUCUCAGCUAGUUCACAGGAUAAAAACAUACCGUAAAACUGCGCCGUGGUCGUCCCACGGCAAUGACAUAAUGCAGACUUUGAGUCGCUACUACUCUAACACGUUUUCGGACGCUGAGAAGCAGAAUACAAUGAACCUGUUCCUGGGCCUCUUUGUGCCGGACCCCGGUCGACCGGCCAUCUGGGAAUACCCCACGGAUUAUUACCUUCACCAUCCGGAGACCAUGGUUUAUAUUCCUAAUAAAAGAUCCCUCACAAAAUGGUGGGACGAUGAAGUGUUGAAGUUCCUCCCGCGGCCAACCAACGAGAUGAGGAAACUUUGCUGUGAGAUCAUCGGCAUGCAGGGCGACAGCAGCGCCCUGGAGAUGAUUGACCCCUACCACGAGUACAACCGGCCCUUUGAGUACACCGUGUUCAUGGAGUGCUUCGAAUUUAAGAUGUAUCACACUGUGCGGGAUCUAGCCCCCGGGUUCCCGGACAGUCUGAGCCCGUUCGUAGUGCGCGGGCGCACGGCCGGCGUGAAGGGGCCCAGCUCUAAGAACCCUGUCAUCAGCGGCCGCUGCAGCACUACGUCCAAUAACUCCAGCGAUUCGAACAGCGAUUCGACGUCGGAUGACGAUCUAACGAGUUCCACGCCCAGCACGAGGCAGAACGUGAUAUCGCCCAUCACCAUGGUCGCCAGGCUGCUGGAGACUGAGGAGACCGAGGAGACUCCCUUGUUCCCCGCCAUCAAACGCUACAAUAGCAUCAAAGUGAACGAGCCCUCCAAGCGGGAUAUGUUGUUGUACAGACGCUACGUGAACUUCGAGCGGCGAUCCAACCCGAGCUACAAGCCCGACAUACACAUAGUGAUGACAGUGAGCAGCGCGUUCACGAUCGACAGCUCCGUGGACGUGAUCCCGCCCACCGUCAGCAAGGCCGCCCGGGAGAUAUACCACCAGUACGUGCAACGCACCACGGGCCACGUUGUUGUACCACCGGAAUCUGUUGCGCUUUACAAUCAAUAUGUUAAUUUUAGUCUGUAACAUUUGUUUAUGUACAAAUUAAAUACGAAAGAAUUACAAGCCCGA